AUGGCUUGCUCUACAUCAGAGAAGGGUGAUCAAGCUGACAUUCCAGGGCCUCUAGGAUGUAAAUAUGACGAUUCUCUUACGGAGCUACAUAUUCAGCUAGUAGUACCAGGUAUCAAGGAGAAAAGUUUCAUGAAAGCUUCAAACACACAAGUUUUUCUCAAAAGCGAUACAACAAGUCUUAGCUGCAACAUAGAGAUAAUAAAAGUCAAUAAACGAACGAAACCUCCGACGAAAACGGUUGUUGAUAGGCGGCAUUACGAGGUAGAGAAGUUUCCUGGCGAGAUAUCCGACGUUUCCUUUCGAUUGAAAAAGAACUGCUGUGUUCUGAUAGUUCGCAAGAAAACGCCUCAGUCUUGGGCGAAUUCGAUGAGUCAGUCUGGGUUCUGA